AUGGUUGGAAUGCAACUCCUACUAACGGUUGGCUUCGUGCUUCUCGGGAUGGUCGACUUCGUUUUGGGAGGGGCGCUGAGUCGGAGGAACGUGUCCGUUCCUCACGAUCUUUCCCGUGGAGAACGAUUAGGGUGUGCAGAAGGGCAGAGAGGUAGUAGAGGAGGGCAGGUGGCGCUCGAAUUCACUGGCGUUGCGCUAUACUACACUGCGCUGACGAUACCGCACUUCACGGCAAAUGUUUCCCUAGAUGGCGAGAGUCAAUCUAUCUCAAGCAUUCCAGAUGGAAAUUCCAAUCAACCUGGGCAAACUCAGCCCCAGGUCUCCUGGACGGACUUGGAGAACAGGCGACACGAAGUGCACAUCUCAUACUCCUGCGCAGAUUUAGCGUCAGAAGGAGACACGGUAGAUCCUCCUGAGUGUGUGCCGUUCGAAAGUUUAAUAUACACCGAGGAAUGCCUCAUGCCUGGACCGGACUACCAACAGCCCGACGCAGCCACUGCCUCCUACAUCACCAUCCAGUCUUCAUGCCCUCAUUCUUCCAACUCGCACUCUUCCAACUCGCAAUCUGGCACACUCCAAGCCCACCUCCACCAACCUCGCUCCCUAGAAAAACGAAGCCUGUCCAAAACAAAAAUCCUCAUCAUCGCACUGGGCAUAUCAGGCGGGAUACUCUUUCUUUUCUUCUUGUGUUUCGUACAGCUUUGGCGCGCGAGGAGGAAGGAUAAGAAGAUGGAGAGGGAGGCUGCGAAGCUUGCUGCGGCUGGGGGUGGGGCAAUAGGCACGGGUACUGGUAUGGGUACGGGUAUAGGUACGGGUAUGGGUAUGGGUGGGAGUGGUGUUGAUUUCAAGGUUGCGGGAUCAGAUGCCAGUGGGACUGAUAGUGGGAGAGGGUCGAAGGUUUUGCAGGAUCCAAAUGGGCAUUUUGGUGCGGGGAGGGAAGCUGGUGGGUAUGGGCCGGGGUACGGGUAUGGGCAAGGGCAAGGGCCCAUUGGCAUAGGCCGCCCGGGAGGAUACAGUGCCAAUAGUGGAUAUUACACCAACGGGGAGUAUCCCAGUAAUGGGAUGGACGCGGAGAAAGGUCUACCCCUACCACCCCCACCCGCAGCGGGCAAGAGGCUCAAAAAAUCCAAGUACGAUACGCACAAGUACUACAGGUCUGCGUCGGAUGAGAUCAAUAUGGCGUUUAUGAGCCCGCAUUUGCAGCCUGAGCCGUUUUCGCAGGGGCUGUAG